AGCAGGCAAAAUGGCAAACCCAGUCUGUGUCGCAACCAGCGACAACCAGUUUGGGCCUCGCGUGGACCCAAAUUGCCGAUCGUUUGACUUCACUCUUCUGUUUGAAGAUGCCUUCUUCUCCAUCAUCCCCGCGGCUCUCUUCAUCCUGCUGCUCCCUGCCCGGCUGCGAGUCCUCCGCAAAGCACCGGUCAAAGUGACCACAUACCGACUGGCUGUAUACAAGACGAUCUGCCUAGUCACCCUCUUCGCACUCCAGAUAGUCUACACCGUGUACCACCUCUGCACACCCGCACUGCACACUCGACUCGCAACCACCUCCGACAUCCUAACCAUCAUCGCCACAGCCGCCGCAACAUUCCUCUCCUUGAUCGAGGACCAAUGCUCCAUCGAGCCGUCCGAUAUACUCGUCAUCUAUUUCUCCGCGCUGACUCUCCUGGACAUCCCGCGACUACGCACAGUAUGGCUGAUCCCAGGAGUCGACAUAUGCAGGGGUCUCUGGACCACCAUUUACGUUCUAACCGUGGUCGCUCUAUUCCUCGAGUCAAUGCGAAAGCUACGAAUCCUAAGGACCCUUUAUCAGAAUGUGACCAUGGAACAAGUGAUCGGAUUCUGGGGCCGAAGCUUCUUCGUCUGGGUCACGCCGUUGUUUCGGGUCGGGUUUUCCGAUAUUCUCUCGGUUGAGGAUUUGCCUGAGGCGGAUGAGGAUCUGCGAGGGGAUGCAGCGAGGAGGAAACUUAACGGGGCGUGGGAGAAGUCGAAGGGGAAGCGUCGACUGCUGAAGGCGGUUUUUCGCGCGUAUUUGUGGUCUGCGCUGUCGGGGAUUGUGCCGCGGAUAGUGUUGAGUGCGUUUACCUUCUGUCAACCGUUUUUGAUCACCUCGGCGGUGGAUUACUUCGAGAAGGAUUCGACGGCGGAGAUUAAGCAGUAUGGGCAGGCGUUGGUGGGGGCUUUUUUGUUGGUGUAUUUGGGGAUCGCGAUUUCGACGGCCGUCUAUUGGCGUCAGGUGUAUCGACUGAUGACUACAGUGCGAGCUGGUCUGAUUUCGAUGAUUUAUCAACAGACGACGAACCUGUCGGGUAAUGAUGUGAAAGACACGGCUGCGCUUACGUUGAUGGGUACGGAUGUUGAGCGAAUCGGCAAUAGCUUGAGAUUGCUACACGAGACAUGGGCUUCGAUUGUGGAAGUGGGUGUUGCUCUGUAUCUCUUGGAGCGUCAGAUAUUCCUUGUCUGUCUUGUUCCUGCUGCUAUCACGGUUGCCUGCAUUCUCGGAACACAUCCAAUUUCCUCUCGCAGUGGAAGCGCACAAAAGGCCUGGGUCGAGAAAGUCCAAACAAGAGUUGCGGUCACAUCCGCCAUGCUGGGUGACAUGAAAGCCGUCAAAAUGCUUGGAUUGGCCGAUGUUCUCUUUGAUUUGGUGACGAAGUUGCGAAAGGCCGAGUUGGAGGCAUCUUCCCGUUUCCGCAAGUUGUUCAUCUUCAUGGUGGUACUAUCCAAUAUCCCACUUGACUUUGCCCCAUACGCUACAUUUGCCGUGUAUGCCAUCAUCUCGGUGGUGAGGAAUGAUCGAUCCCUUCUUGCUUCCCAAGCUUUUACUUCGCUAUCGUUGAUCUCGCUUUUGACGUCGCCGUUGGUUACCUUUGUUCGAGCUGUUCCUCAAUUGGCCCAGUGUGGGGGGAGCUUCGAGCGGAUUGAGGCAUACUUGGAGAGAGAGCCGGCUGCGAAGGGUCAUCAGACAGAAUCAUUAAUCUCUCUCACCCUGCCCGAUCUCGAGAACGAGGAUGUCGAGCUUACGAAACGUGCGACGGGACAGUCUGCGGACUCAUUGGUCUCUUUCACUGGGGUGGAUAUCGCAUGGACACAUACCACCGAGCUCGUAUUCCGAAAUCUUCAUCUGGACAUCAAACCGGGAAUCACGAUGAUCAUUGGUCCUGUCGGCUCCGGAAAAUCCGUCCUUAUUGAGAGCAUCCUGGGAGAGACGAUCAUCAAAAAUGGAACUACAAAUGCACCACUUUCGAACAUUGCAUACUGUCCCCAGAAGCCGUGGAUUGUUAACAACACGUUCCGCCACAACAUUACCGGUGGAACAGAGUUUGAUUCGAAAUGGUAUGGCUUCUGUGUUUCCGCCAGUGGUCUGGAAGAUGAUCUGGCGAGUAUCCCGGGUGGUGAUUUGCACAUGGCCGGUAGUGACGGGGUUUCUCUUAGUGGAGGCCAGAAGCAACGAGUGGCUCUCGCUCGAGCACUUUACUCGAGACAUCCAAUCAUCUUGCUCGAUGAUGUUUUCAGCGGAUUGGAUUCCAAGAGCAUCAGCCAUAUAUUCUCAACGCUCUUUGCUAAGGAUGGGUUCCUUCGUGAAGCAGGGAGAUCGGUCAUUCUUGCAACACAUACUCAAUCCCUACUCCCCUACGCCGAUGAGAUUAUUGCACUGGACAAGGGCACUGUUGCUGCCAGGGGCUCCUAUCAGGACGUCCUAGCCAGGACACCAGAAAUCGCUGCAAACUCCCUGACCAAGCCCAAGAACCAAGAACAAGUCAGUGAGGAUGAUGUCCAGUCAAAACCCAAAACUGCACAGGUAACUGCGGUGGAGAAUAGCCCAACAGCAAAGCCCGACUUGUCUCGACGUGAUGGCACCUGGGACGUGUACCGAUACUACGCCAAAAGCGCCGGUCUCCGAGUAACGUUUGGCUUUAUUGCCUGCUCACUCGUUUCAACUUUCCUUAAGAACUUCUCAACACUAUGGAUCGAAUGGUGGUCUGAAUCGAAUGCCAGAGACCCGAAUGGCCAAGUCGGGUUCUACCUCGGACUCUACACCGUCUUUGCAGUGCUAAACGCAUCUGGCCUGGCUGUCGCCUGCUACCUCCUCUUCAUGAAAGCCAUCAACGGAACCGCCCUAGGGCUACACACCGACCUCCUCGCCUCAACCCUCAACGCCCCAUUCAGCUUCUUCCAAACCACCGACACCGGAACCCUAACCAACCGCUUCAGCCAAGACAUGGACCUCAUCGACAUGACUCUUCCCAUCUGCUUAAUCAACAGCUUCGGAAACGGCUCCUCCACCAUCAUCAAACUAAUCAUCCUCUGCGCCGUGGGCAAAUACAUGGCCGCCACCUUCCCCAUCCUCAUCGCCACCUUCAUUCUCAUCCAAUCCUACUACCUCCGCACCUCCCGCCAAGUCCGCCUCCUCGACAUCGAAGCCAAAUCACCCCUCUACACGCACUUUACCGAAACCAUCAGGGGUAUUUCCACCAUCCGGGCCCUGUCCUGGCAAAGCGUGUUCCAAACCGACUUCGAACAUAAACUCAAUCAAUCCCAACGGCCAUACUACAUGCUCUUCUGUAUUCAGCAAUGGCUUAACCUGGUUCUGAAUCUAGUUGUGACUGCCAUGGCAGUCAUCCUCCUUGCGAUUACCACCUCCAUGAAAGAUAAGUUCAGCGCCGGCGCUAUCGGAGUCGCACUCAAUAUGGUUUUGUCUUUUAAUCAGGAGAUUGUUCGUACCGUGCAGUCGUGGACUCAAUUGGAGACGUCGAUUGGGGCUGUGGCCCGCGUGCAGAAAUUUCAGGAGGAGACGCCCUCGGAACGGAGUGGGUUGUCGAUGCCGAUACCGCCUGUUUAUGAGUGGCCGGUGGAAGGGAAGAUCGUGUACGAGGAUCUCACGGCUGGAUAUACUAACACCCCCACCCCCACCCUCAACAACAUAUCCCUAACCAUCCCCCCCGGCGAGACCCUCGCCAUCUGCGGCCCCUCCGGAAGCGGAAAAACCUCCCUCAUCAUGUCCCUCCUCGGGAUGAUCGAUAUCCACGAAGGUCGAGUGACCAUCGACGGUCGUGAUCUGACCUCCUUCGACCCAAGGGACAUUCGGUCCCGAGUAACUGUCAUCCCCCAAGACCCGUUCUUCAUGCCUGGUACGGUACGGUUUAAUCUCGAUCCGCACGGAAAUGCAUCCGAUGAGGUGAUUGAGUCUGCGCUUCGGAAGGUCGGACUGGUAGCUGGUUUGGAUAGCGAGUUGAAGGCGGACGACUGGUCCGGGGGAGAAAGACAGUUGUUGGCGCUGGCGAGGGCGUUGGUGAACCCGAGUAGGGUUUUGGUGCUGGAUGAGGCGAUGAGCAGUGUUGAUGGGGAGACUGAGCGGUUGAUGCAGGAGGUUAUUGAGAGGGAGUUUGCGGGGCGGACGACAGUGAUAGCGGUGAUGCAUCGGCUGAGAUAUGUUGAGCGGUAUGACCGUGUGGUGUUGCUGAAGCGUGGGGAGGUGGUUGAGUGUGAUACUCCGAGUAGGCUUCUGGGACGGGAGUCGGAGUUUAGGAGGUUGUGUAGUUCUCUGGACAGGUUGUUGUGAUGGGCUACGCUGCAACACUCUCUACGCACUCCACUCUGUCUAAGUCUUCCCACAGCAGAGCCCUAACUACAGUCACUCCUUUAUCCCAAUACUCGAGCUGUUGAAAUCUAUCCACAUAUUCAUAUCACGAUUAACUACCAUAGUUG